AUAAAUCGAAAGAAGGAAGUAAACAAAGAUAGUGUACAGCUCAUACUGCCUGUUUACAAGGAAGUUAUUAUCUGGAAUUCCAGUUAUUAGUAAUGAUCCCGUGAACAAAGAACAUUUCAAUUCUUCACUUCGAAGGGGGAACGUCGAUCGUGUUGAGAAUGGCUGCUAAGGCUGGAACGGUAGCUUUCGGUUUGGCUGUACUGUGUUGCCUAGGUAUCGUGACAUCUGUAAACCCAGGAUUCCAGGCCAGAAUCACAUCGGCGGGGCUCAAUUACGCCAACCAAAUGGCCAUUUCGCAACUGUCUGAGACUGUGAGAGGUCAGGAUAUUAAUAUACCACCUGGAAAGGCUGGCCGUGUCUCCUACGCCAUAAAAGAGGCCAAAAUAACGGGGUUCUCGCCACCAUCCCCAAGUUCACUCAAGCCGAUUCCCGGAUCUGGACUGCAAUGGUCGGGAGCAAACAUAGGAAUUAGCAUGUCCGCGGAGUUUAAAUACUCUUACAAGAUGAAGUUUAUCAAGAUUUCUGAUCAUGGCAGCUUCGAUGUAUCAGUGUCUCGAGUUUCCUUCAGUGUGCAGGCCAUUUUUGGAAAGGACACAAAUGGACGACCGAGCAUCAGAGCAGGACCGUGUACUAGCGAUAUAGGCAGUCUCACUCUCCAUUUCAAAGGGAGAAUGGGUUGGUUAUACAAUCUUCUUCGAGGACCCAUCGAGGGAAAACUUAAAGGUCUCCUCAAAAAUAAGCUGUGCGAUCUCAUUGGGCAGUCAAUCAAUAAGGAUGGCGAGAAGUCUUUGUCCAAGUUGAAAGUUACUGUGGGUAUUGGGAAACUGUUCCAGCUGGACUACACUCUUACAGAUCCACCGAAGUUUACUUCUAACUUCAUGGAAACUUAUCACAAGGGUGAAAUUGACUGGAAGUCUGCGCCUGCCCCGCCCCCUUUCGAGGCCCCGCCCCUCCCUCCAUGGGACGACACGAGCCGGAUGAUGUAUGUUUGGGUGUCCGACUUUAUGAUGAACAGUUUGUUGUAUCAGGCCCAGCAUCACAAUUUCCUUGCAUACAAUCUCACAGCACAGGACCUUCCAGAAAGCCAACGGGGAGUUUUGAACACAACAUGUACCAGCUCACUGUGUAUUGGGAAUUUCAUCCCGGCGCUUCAGACAAAGUACCCUAACUGCCAAUUAGAGCUACUAAUGAGAAGUUCUAAGACUCCAGAGAUUGCAGUUGUCAAUAAUUCCAUAGAAACCAAGAUGUUUGGAUCAAUUGCCCUAUAUGCCCAACCCGUAGGGACUUCGUCCACUCUCUAUUUCAAAUCGGGUGAUCUGGAUAAAAAUCUGCGCAAUGAACGGGGCUCUUCAAGUAGAACAGUGAAUUCCAGAAACUACAUACUCACAAUGAAUGCGAACAUGACUAUGACAGGCCAGAUAAGCGUUGAUGAGCAGGUGAUGCACUUCAAGGUCACCAACAUGACUAUCACGGUUUCCAUGCAAAACUCCGCUGUUCCCAAUGUGUCUGACAAAGCAUUAAACUUCCUCAUCAAGUAUGCUGUGAAAAAGUUCAUCCAACCCAGUAUUGAUGGUCUCGGCAAGGCAGGAAUCCCUCUACCACUCGGAAAGGCGACUUUGACAAAUGUCAAAGUAGUUCUUAUGAAGCAUGCUUUCGUCAUCGCAACGGACGUGAUCUAUCAUCCCUGACGCCGAAAAUUGAAUCUGUGAUAGGAUCGUUGAUAUCCAUCCAAACUCACUUUUGAUACAACAUCUAUGUAUGAUCUGUCGGUCCAAGUCCAUCAUCGAUAGAAGAAAGAGAGAAAAUGUCAAAUGAAUCUUUUUGACCAUCAUAUAUAAUAUUAAAUUUUAAUAUACAUUUAUAUAUAUGUAAAAAUAUACCUCCUCUCGGAGCCAGGGUCAUAUACUUAGGUUUCAUUGCUUCUUGCACGUAUCUUGUGUAUCUCAUUGUGCUUAUAAACGGCAUUUGUCGACAUUUUUGUGUUAAUGGUAUAUUUACCUUGUAUAUUUUCUUUGUUUUCCCAAACAAUAUCGUACCUAGCACGGUACGGAAAACGUUAUUGUAUAGUAGCUAACUAUACUUUUUUUACUGUGGUACAUUUUGGUAUAUUGUUUUUCUUAAUUUUCGAUUAUCUCUAGUUGUACGUUUUUCACAUUUUAUGAAAUAUAUACUUUGUCCAUAUAUAUAUAUUUUUUUGGAAGUGUGUUUCUAAUUUUAAAUUUGUCGUAUUCUAUUAACAUUCUUUUAUAUUUGAUAUCAAUUCUUUUUUUGAAAUCAAUAAUUCAAGAUCCAAGCAAUUUAUUCAUGAUAGUUUUGAGCUCGUCGACUUUGACGAAAAUCACAGUUCUUUGCUUAAUAUGAUGUACUAGCUGAUUCAUGUAGUACACAGUAACAGCAAUAAUAAAUAUAUUUUAAGAAAA